AUGUCUUGCAUGGACAAUGAUUUCCAGCUGUUCUCUCCACGAAACACCAAUGGAGAUGAACCUCGAGCCAACAGCCAAAUGUUCACGCACCCCAACGGAGAGGGCGGAAACCAAGACUGGACUCAGUGGAUGCGAUGGGAUGAGCCCAUGUUCUCCGAGGCAGACCAAAAGCCAACGGGGUCGUCUGUGGAUUUACCAUCCAUCUCUCCGCAUACUGACAUGAGCUCUCCGACUCACCUGAACCACAAAGACUUCUCGCCCAACCUCCCUCUCGGCUUAAUGGAGAUUCCUGGUUCGGAGCGAAGCAGCAUAUAUCAACAGAGCUACCCUGAUCAGAACUGGCACCCUAACCAACCCCAAAAUGGGCUUGUCUCUCCUAUCUCAAGUGUCGGAACAAACCGAAAGCGCAAGACAGGGAGUGACGACGAUGCAACCACUGUUUCAGUACAGCCCGGCAAGAAAAUGCCCGCCAAGAAGCGUGCUCACAAUGUCAUUGAAAAGCGGUACCGGGCCAAUUUGAAUGACAAGAUCGCCGAACUGCGUGACAGUGUUCCCAGCCUUCGGUCGAAGAAUUCGGACGGAGGCUCACCCGACGAAGACGAGGAGGGCGCGACCAAUGCGAGCAAGCUGAACAAGGCGUCGAUUCUAUCCAAGGCUACCGAGUACAUCAAGCAUUUGGAAACCCGCAACAAGCGUCUGGAGGAUGAAAACACCGCUUUGAAGAAUCGUCUUCGACAGGCCGACAAGGCAGCAGAUCAAGCCGUCACAUCCUCGGCCUCGGUCUCAUCGCCCAGCAAUUAUGCUUCAACUGACCCAGACUCGGGCACAUCGCCUAGUGUAUUCUCGCAGGCCGACGAAAACACAGAGUCGAGCUCAAAUCCCCCCGAAGGAAUGCUUCCAGUGCCGGACGCCUGGAAGCGUAUGCGGGCCCAGACUACCCAGGGAAUAUACGGGGAAUCAUACAUGCAAGCCCCUCAGCCGUACGCAGAGAAAUCGACUCGACGAUCAAAGAUGCCAAACAAGUACAUGCUAGGCGCGCUGGCUGGUCUGAUGGUUCUCGAAGGCAUGGGCUCGGACGACUCCGAGACUGAGUCGAAGGGCUUGUUCGCACUUCCUUUCCGUCUUCUCAGUCGCUUCCGGACACCCACGACGGCGCACUGGGAAUUCUACUUGAAGCAUUUCUGGUACUCGUGGCAGGCACGCGCCUUCUCUCAUUUCCUCGGUCUGUCAAUGCUGGUUGUUGGCUGUGCCUUCGUCGUUUUCCUCUAUCUCUUCAAUGCUCAGCCCAUCACGCGCCGCGGACCAUCAAAGUCAGUCUCUGAAGGCCCGGCUGCACCCCUUACCUCGAGCGAUUUCCGCCGACAGGCCUGGUUGACUAGCAUGCAACGGGCGGGCGUUCCACGCCACCGAUUCUUCCGAGAGUGGUAUGUGGUCACUUCUAGAUGCUUCGAAUACGUCCUGCGAUGCUUGAUGGGUUGGAAGAUCUACUCAUGGGCCACUGGUAUUACGGAGGAGGAUGAGAGAGGACGUGUCAAGACUUGGGAUAUCGCCAUCGACGCUCAGCUCACGGGCGGAGAUGCCGAGAUCAGCAAGAGCCGACUCGUGCUCACUAUCUUCGCCGCGGGAACCCUUCCCUCCACUCCCACGCGAAUGAUCAUCAAGGCCCUCCACGUCCGAAUUCUUUUGUGGAAUGUUGGAGAGGCGGGCUCCUGGUCUUUCCACGUUUCUAAUGACAUCGCCAGGGCCCUUGCUAGGUUCCAAUGGAGCGUGGCUCGUGAGAUCAAUGACUCGCUCCCUGAAGGCCACCCUGAUCAACUACCACCUCAUCUGGCCGCCCUUGUUCAGCUAGACUGUGAUGAUGUCAUGAUCGAUGAUAUCAUUCAGCGCGCUGUUAACCUCACGUGGAACCGACCCACCCAAGAAGGCACCGGCAAUGAUGAGGUACUUCUUGAUGUCGUAGACGAGGACUCGGCGAUUCAAUGCUCCCAGGAUGCACUUGCCGCCUGGUGGUCGAGUCACCUGCUGCAAAUCGCUUUGCUCAACUACUUCGAGGCCAGUGAAAAGGGACCGGUGUCCAAGACUUGCCGCGAUGCUUUCAAAGAGAAGAUUCGUAUCUCUCUUGAUGUUGCUCCCCGCUUGUCCGCCGCAUACACCCGCGCUCUCGUAAUGAAAGCCGUGUUCUUCGAAACCGACCGCAUCCAGAAUGUGAACGCAGUCCUUGCUACCCUUCCGAAGGAAAAGAGAAAGGGAAGCCAAAGCCACGCUUCUAACUUCCUUGACUCCUCCCUACCCGUCUCCGUGCGCGAUGAGAUUUCUAUCGCAGUGCGUUGUGCCAUGAUUGCCGCAAUUGUCACAGCGCGAUCCGCCGGCGGUGACGCAACUUCGCUGCCUGAAUCCUUCACCCUCCAAAAAGCCAUCACUUGGUUCAAUCAACUUCCCAUCGACCCAGUCGAGCUGUCCCUUCUGGGGUUCUCGUCGGUGUACCAUCUCCUCCACCUCCUUGCCUCGGAUGUCGACUACAUCGCGUCAUCCGAUUCUUCUGGCCCAUCCGCCGCUGCCUCCGAGGCAACCUCUUCCGCGGACGAUGAAGCUGAAGAAAAGCCCCGACAGGCCCGCAAACUGUCCAUCUGUCCCCGCGACAUUCCAAACAUCGGCCGCGUCUCUGCCGAGUUGGUCUACUGGGCCCGCCAUGCUUAUAACCCUGCGUUUUACGGGUUCUCAUCCACUCUCGUGGAAACCAUCGUGAAUUCCUGCACAACGAUCUGCCAAAACGCCGGUCUUAACAUUGACGAUUUCAAGCCCACUCCGACCGACAAGGCCUUAAAGAAGCGCCGAUCCCGCCGGCGCAGAGGAGAGUCUCAAUCCUCCCAGAGUGACGCGGACCAAGAUCUGGUCGAGUCGCCCGUCGACCGACUACAGCUUCGCCGGGAGCGAUCUGCCAGCAAUGACACAGGCUAUGGCAGCCUCUCGUUGGAAGAUGAUGGCACCUCUUUCCCUCGUAUCUCUACCAAUGUGCCUGAGAUUGCUCUUUGA